AUGGAGUACAGACGGUGUUUUGCUGAAAUCCGCGGCCUCCUCUUUGUCUUCUUUGUGCUGCACUGCGCACACGGAGACCUGACCUAUUCCGUCCAGGAGGAGCUGAAACACGGAUCUGUGAUCGGAAACAUCGCCAAGGAUCUGGGACUGGAUUCAGGGAGGCUGUCUGCUCGGAAAGCUCGUGUGGAAAUGGAAGGAAGUGACAAACAGUAUGUCGGGAUCAACCCGAGGAACGGAGAUCUGUUCGUGUCUGGAAGAAUAGACAGAGAGGAGCAUUGUGGGGAAAAGCCGACAUAUGGAGUAGAGUGGAGUGGUGUGGACAGAACCGCCUGCUACUCAACGCUGGAAAAAGAGCUGCAGGUGGACUACAGGACGAAGAUAAGCCCCCACCCCCCACCUCACAACUUUAUCAACAUCCAGGGUACUAAGGUAGAACCUGUGGAUUGCUACAACUACCUGAUGGGGAUCCACCUAGACAAUAAACUGGACUGGAUAGCUAACACCAAUGCCAUCUACAAGAAAGGGCAGACUGCGCUGCGCUGCGGCCUGGCUCUUGUUUUUCUGUCCCUCCGCCUCGUCAGAGGAGACGUGAGCUUCUCUGUUCCGGAGGAGAUGAAGCGCGGAUCUGUGAUUGGAAACAUCGCGAAGGACCUGGGACUGGACCUGGGAGCGUUGUCUGCUCGGAAGGCUCGCAUUGACACAGAAGAUAACGGAAAUCGCAAACGAUAUUGCGACAUCAACUUCAGCAGUGGGGAUUUAAUUGUUACCGACAGGAUCGACCGGGAGGAGCUUUGUGGAGAAAAGCUGUCGUGCGUAAUCAAACGCGAUCUUGUAUUGGAGAAUCCUCUUGAGCUGCACCCUUUUAGUUUACAUAUUCACGAUAUAAAUGACAACGAACCGCAGUUUAAUGAAGGUCCAUUCAAUAUAGAAAUUGCAGAAUCAGCAGUCAGGGGUGCGCGCUUUGUCAUCGAGGAGGCGCACGAUGCGGAUGUGGGCCAAAAUUCUGUUCAGCAGUACCGACUAGAAAAGAAUGAUCAUUUCAUUUUGUCUGCGGAUGGAAGCACAUUAGAGCUGGUUCUAGAUAAGGAGCUAGAUCGUGAAAAACAGAAUCAAUUAAAAUUGAUUUUGACAGCUUUAGACGGAGGCGCACCUCAGAGAUCAGGUACUGCAGUUAUUCAUGUCUCUGUGCUGGAUGCUAAUGAUAACGCCCCAGUGUUCAGUCAGGCUGUUUAUAAAGCCAGUCUGCCUGAAAACUCUCCUUUAGACACUGUGGUGGUUACUGUCAGUGCUACUGAUGCAGAUGAAGGAGUGAAUGGAGAUGUAAGUUAUGAUUUUGGGCAUGUUUCAGAGGAGGUGAAGAAAGUUUUUAGUAUCGACCGUAAAAAGGGAGAAAUAAAACUUGUCAGCAAAAUAGAUUUUGAAACUGUCACAAAUUACGAUUUACGCAUAAAAGCAAAAGAUGGAUUAGGGUUAUCUACUUACACGAAGGUGAUCAUAGAUGUAAUUGAUGUCAAUGAUAAUGAGCCUGUAAUAUAUGUGAAGUCCAUGACAAACCCAGUGCCAGAAAAUAUUUUACCUGGUACAGAGGUGGGAAUCAUUAAUGUGCAGGAUGCGGAUUCUGAAAAUAACCAACAGGUGCGCUGCUCCAUCCAGCAAAACGUGCCUUUUAAGUUGCUUCCUGCACUU